CACACUAUGGCCUUUUUUGGUGCUCUGUUAAUGCUGUUGCCUGUUGCAUGGACCUGCUCUCCCCAAAAAGCAGACUAUGUCAUGGUAUCAUGUUUCCCCAACGCCAUUAUUGCCAAUGUCCCUGAGUGUCCCUAUGGCUGGGAGAUUGACCAGUUAUCACUGGGUGGUGUUUGUUACACUGGAAUACACAGCCCAGGCUACUACCGCUUCAUCAUUCCAGACCUAACACCUAAAAAUCACUCGUACUGUGGCACACUGUCUGAGUACAUGCCCGGCAAAGAUCCCAAGUACAUCUUCUAUAACUCCAUCGUGUCCAACGACACUUCGCUCACAGUCAGAAACCAGCCAGUCAACUACACCUUCAGCUGCAUGUACCGAGCAGCCUAUUUGGUAAAUAAUGCAGUCUUCAGCCAAAGAGUGGCUACAGUUUAUGUCAACAACGGGAGUUUAGGCACUUUUAAAUCACAGUUGUCUAUGAACGUGUUCACGAAUUCAAAGUUCCUGUACGCCAAGGAUGCUCCCUAUGUGAUCGACACUUCUGAGAUCGGCUCUGAGGUUUUCAUCGGGAUUGAGGCAAAAGGCCUAAGUAACAGAUUCAAAGUUGUAAUAAACAACUGCUGGGCCACUCCUACUCCUUACUCAACAGACAGGAAGAGGUGGAGCCUCAUCAUUAACAGCUGCUCCUCUGACAACACUGUGACUAUUUUUGAGAACGCCAAAGACAGCCGCUCCAUGUUUAAGUUCAACUCGUUCCGCUUCCAACGGCUGGAGAAGGUGUCCACUGUCUGGCUUCACUGUGAGGUCCAGGUUUGUGAUGGAGAGAGGCUCGUCUGUCAGCCAGGCCCGUGCACUAUUAGAAGUCUAUCAGCUGAGGCAGAUCCAAGUGGAGGGAUCCUCACCGCUGAAUUUCACAUUAAAGGAAGUGGAUCUUCCAAUAAUGGACACAUAACAGGCACCUCACUGUUCAUCUUGCUGGUGGUCCUGAUAAACACAUGUUAUGAUUUAGUAACUGGAUCAAGAAUGUAGUUCAUUCAUUAACACACAAGCACAGAGGGGAGUGUCACCCAGGACUCAGGGAGCGUAUGAUUACAUUCCUCCCCCCGCACUCAAAUGAAUGAUUUUCUAAUUAUCUCACAAUUAUUAUUUGUAAUUAGCACAUGUAUUGAGGCUUUGGAUAAUCUUUUUAAUGUUACAUACAUUAUUCCACUGCUUUCUCUAAUA